AUGAAUAAUGACGAAUGGAGUUGGGAGCAGGAAAAUGCUUUCGAGGUUGCACUUAUCGGGAACCAAGAGGACCAUGCCGACAGGUGGGAGAGAAUUGCGGCCGGAUUAGCCGGAAAAACCGCGGAGCAGGUGAGAGGUCGUUACGACCUGCUGUACGAGGAAAUUAGUCGGAUCGAAUCCGCCUUAAUUCCUUCACCCGAUUAUGUCGAUGAAGAAGAGUCUUCUCAUGAUUCGGGUGGCGGCAAGAGGGAGCGGCAAAAGAACCCCGAUCGGAAAAAGAAUGAAAAUUGGACUCCUGCGCAGCACACUGCAUUUCUUUGGGGGCUCGCAGAGUGCGGGAAGGGCGAUUGGCGCCGUAUUUCUAGACAUUAUGUGAAAGCGAAGACAGCAUCACAAGUGGCAAGCCAUGCACAAAAGUACUUCCUCCGCCAGGCUGUGGAGAAAUCAAAGAAGAAACGGCAAAGCAUUCAUGAUUUUAGCCUCGAGAUGUUGAUGGUGGCCGCAGCUAACAAGCCGAUCAACGGGAACCCAGCCGACCAAACUCAUGGGCUAACCAAUGAGCACGUAGCCAUCCAGGCCGCCAACGGACUAGGUGGCGCGCACCACCCCGUCUUCCACACUAAUAAUAAUGGGUCCAGCCAUGGACAGCCGAUCCACCAGACAGGGACCAACGGAAACCCAACCCUCAACAUUGGUGUGAUGAUGAUGAAUGGCAGCUCGGUACGCCAAACUCUUCAGCGCCGCAAUCCUCCUUCCGCUCUGUCCACAAGUCGGCCUGCACCUCCAUCGGCGGCGUGUAGCACUCCAGUUAGUGUCUCCCCUGGUUCCUUUAUCCUGCUAUUUGGGACCGGGGAUCCUCAUGCUUUCCCGUUGGCCGUCACUCCAAUAGCGUAUCAAGUGCCUGAUAUGUCGGCCCAGUCGCAGCAAAAGCCCCGCAUUUAAAUCCUAGGAUUGGCGCCACAGUCCUAUUUUUCAGGAUUCGGCAACGUCGUUCCCCGUCGGACAUCGAUCCGAUUGCCCGUCGGAUGCUUAAUACUUCACUCCAGAUACAGCAAAAGUCGAUGCCAUUCCAUGUAUAGCAUAAUGUAAACAAGGGCACUCGGCACAGAGAUUAGUCCCAGUUUAAAAUAGGAGAGUCAUUAGUAUGGAUCAUGAUUUAGA